AUGGAUUCAAAGGUGGAUUCUUUGUUUAAUUUGUGUAAAGCGACCAUUUGGAAAAGUCGUUAUUUUCUCGAUGGGGUAGGUUCUGUACCUUACCGUUUAAUAAGAACAAUAUUGAUGGAUUUUAAGCCUGAAAAAAUCCUUGAAUUCGAAGAAAAAAGUCCUCAACUUGCAAAAGACGAUAUGGAAUUAUGGGAGAUGUUUUGCCAAAAAUUAAAUGAAAAAGCUUACCAAGAGAGGAAAAAGAAAAAAUCUGUUGAUUGGCGGAAAUACUACUUUCAUCUUCUGAAAGAACAAAAUGCUAAAUUUGAGAAAGCUCGAGCGAAAUUAAGAGCAUCAGUAGCUGCGACAGUGAAAGAAAGAGAAGCAAGAUCAAUAAAAAUGAUAUCAUUCAUUCCUUCAAAAAAUAGAAAUGCAAAGAAAAAUUUAACCCCGUUGCAAAAACUACGAAAAGAAAUGAUAAAAACAAACUACAACGACAACAAUAAACUAAAAAAAUACAGUAUGAGUGUUCCAAUCACUUGGUUGCAACGAGAAGGUGGAUUUAAGAUUUAUAGCCAUGAUAGUAGCAGUAAUACAUUUUCUUCUGCGAUAAAAUCAAUUUCUAAAUCAUCACAAAAAUUAGAUUUAAGAUAUAAACCUUAUCCAACGAUACCUCGAUCAAAUAAAAGUUCAAUUUCUAACUUGAAAAUCGCUAGAGCAACUUCACAACCUUAUUCAAUAAAUAGGCCUUCUACUAUAUCACCUAAACUUAAAUCAUCAUCAUCGUCACCAACAACGACAAAUCCUUCUACAAAGUUUUUUGGGUCUAAAAAAGCCCAAUUAAGUACUCCACCAACCAAUUCGUUGACUAAAAAAGUCGUGUCACCUGUGAUUUCAUCAAAGUCUUCUUCUACUAUUAAACAUAGAGUGAAUUUAAAGCAGGAAAAAUUUUAA